GGCACAUUUUUUGUGUUUUUUGGCCUCACAGAGCCUGCACGGCAUUGUGCUGGCCACACAACUCGCGAAGCAGUCCAUCUGACCUCAUUUUCGAGUCCUGUGGCCAGAAAGCGCACCGCCAGCGCCAAUAAGCACGCGUACAAGCCCUUGCACGCUGCGGCACGCCGUCGACGCAGCGCAAGCGCGCAAGCGAUGGCAGCGUUAGACCUGAACGACCGCCCCUUCACGUGCCCCACGUGCAAGACGCCGGGCUUCCCGAGCCUGGAAGCGCUCGGCGACCACGCGGCCGAGUGUAUUCCAAAAGAGCCCGUCGAUCCGCGCUGGAAACAGGGCGCGCGCGUCAAGGUCGUCGGCCUCAAGGCCGCGAAGCAGCACAACGGCAAGCUCGGCACGCUGGGCGAACCGAGCGACGGGCGCUGGGCCGUCGCGCUCGACGGCAGCGGCCGCAAACUCGCCGUGAAACGGGGCAAUUUACAAUUAGUGGACGAAGUACAACGGGAACCGAAGACUUUAGAAAGGCACCACCAGCUCUUGGCGGAGUUCGACGGGAGUCGGGACCCCGACACCCUGGCUCUCUACUACCAUGCACGCGACAAGGCCUUCGACGCGUACAACGCGUCGGAGUACACGUCCCAGUUGUUGCGAUAUUAUCAGCACAAUUUGCGCGUCGUCUGCGUCUCGCCGCGCCGCAUCCGGGGCAACGACUACGCGCUGGUGCAGUUGCGACACGACGACGACGAGCGAAAUUCCCUAUGCGAGCUGGCCUUCCAGUGCCAGCGGUCCUUCUGCGGCGUGUCCAUUUUGGUGAAGCAGCGGUGCUUCACGUGCGGCCGGCCGGGGGCGCCGGCUUGUGUCUGCGCUUGUGCUUUCUUCUGCUCGGAGCGGUGUUCGGCCGAGGCGUCGUCGUCGCAUACGGACCUGUGCCAGCGCAUCCGGGCGUUUCCGUGUAGUGUCGAGGAGGAGGUCCUAACGAUAUUCUAA